GUAUUCAAUUAUGUUUACGUGAAUUGUGAUAUAUCGGUUAGGUUUACGUAAAUUGUGAUUUCUUCUUUCUGUCUUGCUUGCUGAAUGUCCAUGGAAUUGGAUACCCUCUUGCCCGGCGUCACACAACAUCCUUCCCCGGAAUCGGAAUCAGAAGAGGAAUCGGAAUCACAAUCCAAUUCUGAAUCGGAAUGGGAAUGGGAACCGGAACCAUGGAGUUUGAAACGCAUUGAAGAUUUAGUGGAGAGUGACUUCUAUAUGUAUAACGACGACUCAAAUCCUUACCUUUUUUCUUGUUCGCGGUUUGAGUAUAAGAAUAAGGCACAGAUUAAAAAAGAAGAGGAAGUAGAAAAGGCCGUGGCUGAAUAUGAGGAGCGCUCUCGUAACCUAACUCCCUUUGAUGCUAUCCCUGUGCCACCGUUAGCCAAUAUAUUUGGUAAUAACUGGCCCAAGCCCAUUACCAUUACUGAUGAUGUUCGCCCACUUCUCAUUCACCUCUCCAACCUUGCUUUGGAAAUAUACAAUCAGGGUACUGCAAAUGCAAACUAUGUGUUUAAUGAAAUUGUCAAAGCAACCUCUCAGUUUAUUCCUUCCGGCACUCAUUACAUUACCUUUGAAGCAAAAGAUGCUGCUCAUGUUGAUCCUUUCAACAGCCCUAUCAUAACUUUUCAGGCUCAUGUAUGGAACAGGAGGCCUGCAGAGGGACCGCCUGUAGUCAAGUCAUGUUCCAUUAAGCCUAAAUAAUACAUCCUUCAUUGUAAUAUUAUGCAUUAUUUCAUAUUUAACAUAAUCUAACAAAAUCAAUAUUACCGGAGACACA